AUGCUGCGCCGCAAGCCGUCCAACGCCAGCGACAAGGAGCAGGCGCAGAAGAAGAAGGGAGAAGCCGGGGAGGAAGGGCCCGUGUCGCUGGACGGCAGCCUGGAGGAGCCGAGCCUCGAGAAGAUGCCCUUGUCGUACCUGGAGUUUGAGGAGGAGCCGCACAUGCCUCUCAGCUGCCAGACGUCCAGUGGUGAGCGCAGGGGCCGGGCUGCUCCCACUCCCAGGGUCAGCAGAGUGCUGCCCAUGGGCACCUGGACGGGGGUGCUGAACAACCGCGUGGGCUCCUUCAAGUUCAUCUACGUGGACAUCAUCCCCGAGGAGCCCGCGCCGGCCCGCAAGAGCCGGGGCCACAGCAAGAGCAAGCGGCCCAAGCCCAAGACCUUACAUGAGCUGCUGGAGCGCAUCAACCUGGAGGAACACAUCUCCACCCUGCUCCUCAAUGGCUACCAGACCCUGGAGGACUUCAAGGAGCUGCGGGAGACUCACCUCAAUGAGCUGAACAUCAUGGACCCGCAGCAUCGCGCCAAGCUGCUCACCGCUGCGGACCUGCUGCUGGAUUACGGGGACAUCCCCCGCGACUCGGGCUGCUUCGAAGGAUCCGAAUCACUGGAGAGCGGCCGGGACGAGGCGGAGCUGCCCUGCACUGAGGAGCAGCUCCGGGCUCUGGCGCUAGACGAGUCCUCCUGAGCCUGCCCUGCCCCAAGCCUGCGAGGAGCAGCACAGGACAGGACCCCCGGGCACGCCCCACCCCCAGGCACGGUGCCCACCCUGCAGGGGACUGGCAUUGGGAGCCCGAAGGGCAGACACGGGCUGGUCCACGGUCGGCUGCCGAGGUCCCCGCCCUACAGCUCUGUCCUGGGGGAGCCGCCGGGGCCCCCCGCACUCCAGCCAAGACAGACCCUGCUGCUGCCAAUCGCUCGGCCCCCAGCCUCUCCAUUAGACCCUGCAGGCUCUGCGCCGUGCACUAGCUGAGAGCCGGGGGCUGCCUGGGCCUCGCUGGAGGCUGCGGGAAGCAGCACCCCUUUGAACGGGAAGCCGGCGGGAGGUGGCUGGCGUCCGAAAGCCCCGUGCCUGAGGCCGGGCAGCGGAAGGUGCCCAGCAGAGGCUGUCUACGAGGGCGGCUACGCGAGGAGGCCAGGGAGCUGGACACCGAGGAUGGAGAGCGCUGUGGCUCUAGCGCAAGGCGGCUGCAGGGCGACCCGUGGCAGAGCAGGGCCACGGGGCCCACGCGAGAGCCUUGCCACGCAAAGCGCCAGGAGCAGCAUUCCCCUGCACGGGGCGCGUCCUUGCAGGGCCCAGCUUGGCGGGAAAGCAGAGGAUUUGGUUCCAGGGGCUUUGCUGGCCCUCGUCACAGCACGCCGAGUCGUGGAAAUUGGCCCACGCUGCAGCAAACCACCCCCCAUGUGCAUUCUCUGGGGCU